AUAUUAGAAUUGAAGCUACGAUUUGCCAUUACUCGUUGCAACAACAACAACAACAACAACAAUGGCAGCAACGACAGGGGUCAUGCAGUUGUCAGGUUUUUACUGCCAGCAUUCUCUCGAGCCCCCUAGAAUUACAUGGACCAAAAAUUGCAAUCCUCAUGGGGUGUCAAGGAGUUUCUCAUGGAACCCCCUGUUUCCCGCCAAAUUACUUAAACUAGGGGGCAGCUAUGUGCCCAAAAAAGAAGGAAUUCAAGUUGUGUCUCCAAACAUAGGGACCCCGAGCUGGACAGUCGAAUUCCUUGAUGCACAGGAUGAUGAAUACGAUGGGGUCAUAAUCGAUCCACAAAGCUUACCCACGAGUGCAAAUGCUUUUGCAUCUGCACUUAGGGCUUCUCUGUCCAAUUGGAAGCUAAAGGGAAAAAAGGGGGUGUGGUUGAAGAUACUACUAGAGCAAGCUGACCUUAUUCCCAUUGCAAUUCAGGAGGGGUUUAACUACCAUCACGCAGAGCCUGGAUACGUUAUGCUAACGUAUUGGAUUCCUAAUGACUCUUGCAUGCUCCCUGAUGGCCCUUCGCAUCAAAUAGGCAUUGCCGGAUUCGUGAUCAAUGAUAAAGAAGAGGUUCUUGUAGUGAAAGAAAAUUGUCCUUGCUAUGGCUCGGGGGUGUGGAAGUUGCCUACUGGUUAUAUCAAUAAGUCUGAAGAAAUUUUCUCUGGAGCGAUAAGAGAAGUGAAAGAAGAAACUGGUAUUGACACAAUUUUCUUGGAAAUGGUCGCUUUCAGACAUGCCCAUCUUGUGGCUUUUGAGAAGUCAGACUUGCUGUUUGUGUGCAUGCUUAAGCCAUUGUCCUCCGAGAUCACGAUCGACGAGAAGGAGAUUCAAGCUGCCAAGUGGAUGUCUCUGGAGGAAUUAUUUGGACAACCAUUUUACCAAGAAGAUCAAAUGAUGCAAAGGGUCAUCGAUAUUUGUUUGGCAACGUACAAAAGACAUUAUAGUGGAUUCAUUGCUCAUCAGUUGAUCUCCAAAUUGGAUGGAAAAUUGUCCUACUUGUAUUAUAAUGAUACAAAUAACAUUUAGAUACAUAGACAAUAGUCCUCAGUUCAGAUGGAAUGAUUGAUUUACAUAAAAAUUAAAUUAAAAAUAGAAUUGUAUUUCAGUUUGAUAGA